AUGGGUAUAGCUCAGCCCAAAAUAAUAAUUGCCGGAGCUGGCAUCGGAGGGCUGAGUGCUGCUCUUUGCCUUCACGCCACGGGCUACACAGAUAUCCACAUAUUCGAAGCCAGUUCUCAACUCACAACACUAGGGGUCGGCAUCAACGUACAGCCGUCAGCAGUACUAAUACUCCGCAACCUCGGCCUGCUGCCAACAUUACUAGAAACCGGCAUUACAACCAAAGAGCUUAACUUCUACAACUGUCAUGGCGACAGCAUCCUCUCCGAGCCUCGUGGCCUCGAUGCCGGCUACGACAUCCCACAAAUCUCCAUCCACAGGGGCGAAUUCCAAAUGCUCCUCCUGCGCGCCGUGAAAGACCGUCUAGGCCACGAGAGAGUCCACCUCAACCACGCCUUCACUUCCUACGCGCAAGACGACACCAGCAUCACCGCCCACUUCACUCAGCGCUCCGAUGGCCAACCCUCCUCAAUCCCCAGCAUGACCGGCAGCGUUCUUCUUGCGGCCGACGGCAUCAACAGCCACGCUCGCCGCCUGCUCUACCCAACCGAAGGUCCCCCACGCUUCUCCGGUCGCAUCCUCUGGCGCGGCUGCAUCGAACGCGACCCUUACCUCACCGGCGCCUCGAUGAUCUGGGCCGGCCACGCAAACCAAAAAUUCAUCGCCUACCCCAUCAGCGCCCAAGCAGCCCGACAACGCAACCAAUCCGUUGUAAACUGGAUCGCCGAACUACGCGUCCGCGACGAGAACGACCCGGACCUCACCCCACCACCCGUCGACUGGACACGCAGUGUUCCUAAGUCCCGCUUUGAGGGCCCCUUCCGCACCUGGACCUGCGGCGGACUCCGCAUGGCCGACCUCAUUGACGCGACGCCCAAAGUCUACGAAUUCCCCAUGUGCGACCGUGACCCGGUAUCUCAAUGGUCGUUUGGCCGCCUGACGUUGCUCGGCGACGCCGCCCACGCCAUGUACCCAAUCGGCUCGAAUGGCGCUUCUCAGGCGAUUUUGGACGCCGAGGCUCUGGCACAUUGCCUCCAAACACAUCCCAACGAUAUACCGGCCGCGCUGCAAGAAUACCAGUCUCUGCGUCUGCCGCCUACGGCCGCCAUCGUGCAUGCCAACCGUGGCAACGGGCCUGAUCAGGUGCUGCAGCUCGCUCACGAACGUGCGCCGGAUGGGUUCAAACACGUUUACGACGUCAUUCCGAAGGAAGAGCUAGAGGGCGUAGGUGCGAAAUACAAGGCGAUUGCGGGCUUUGAGAUUGAGGCCGUCAACAACAAGGCGCGGGAGACCGCGGCUCAGAUGGAGGCCAAGAAGCAGACGCGGACGCAGACGCAACCUGUGGCGACGCUGGGGGUGGUUGGAUCGGUGUAG